UAUUGCAAGAAAUUCAGGCAAAUUCAUACUUGAAUUGAAAAUCAAGGUAAAGCAUUGUUUAAAUAUGCUUUGAAAACGGAUCAUUGUUAAGUCACAAUGAAACUAGAUUUUGAGUAAACAACUACUAAUAGUACUGUACAAUAAAAUAUGAUGGUUCACAUUCAUUUGUGUAAUAGAUACAUGCUUUCAUUCUGAUUUGAAAGAGUACACAACAGCAUUUCUGUAUUAAUCAAAGAUCACACAAAAUCGUGGAUUAACAAAUACAUAUUAUCAUACAUAGCCCAGAGGCUUCAUUUAAGAAUGUAUGCAACACUUCAAGUGCUUCUGUAAUUUUAUAAGUUUUAUUUAAUAAACCACAGUAAAGCAAAAACUAAAGCACUUGGCUUUAAUUAUAAUAGCAGUGGAAUUUUCAGUACGCAGUAAUAUAAGUUGUGUUUAAAAGAUACGCAUGUCGUGAUGGAAACACCUACAUACAAAAUCCGUAAGCAUGAUGGUUUCAGCCAUUGAGUUCCAGUUUAGUGUGACAAGGUUUCAGUAUUGUGUAGAUGGGUGUGAGGUAACAUUAACAAUCAGUCAGCUAUAUAAGAAUAACUGCUGAGUUAAGCUGUUAAUUACAUUUCUGGUUGGCGCUAACAAGGCCAAUUCAGAGGGUGUGAUAUUUAGUAACACUAUUGGUUAGUAGUGAUCUAGGUCAAUCAGAAUAAUGGAACAUUAAUCUAAUGUAAUUGCUUAGCAGAAGCAUUCAUCAAUGUUUACAUUUAUUCUUAAGUGAAUAUAAAUAUUAAUUUAUGAAAUUUGGGACUUAAGACAAAAAAUUUUCUUUAUGAUUGGAUUUAAUAAUAAUUAGGUAGUAAAAAUGGGGAAUACACCGUCAAGAAAAAACAGAAAACUCGAGAAAGCGAUCCAAGCAAGGAAAUUGAAAAGAGUGAAGAGGUGGCUGAUGAAAGGAGCAGAUCCAAACUCUUACAGCAAGAAAUCAAACUACUCGUUAUUAAGCAUGGCUAUUACAUUAAGAGAAGAAGCUCUGGUCACUGCAUUGAUACAGUAUGGAGCAAAUCCGGACCAAAAAUCUUGGCUGACAACAGGCAAGGGAACUUUACAAAGAAAACAAGCAAAUGAUGAUGAAUAUCCUAUUCAUAUAGCAGCAUCACACGGCAGCGAGAAGAUAAUGAAGGCACUUCUGAAUUCAACAAUAGAUAUUAAUAUUGGACAAGACCAUAAGUUGGGAACAGCACUUCAUCAGGCAUCAAGAUUUGGACAUUCAAAGCUUGCUGAACUUCUCCUCAUGAAUGGUGCUGAUAUAAUUGGUAUAGACAGUAGAUUAAACAUGCCUCUACACGUUGCAGCUACUUAUGGACAAACUAAAGUUGCUGAAGUUUUACUACGAUAUGGCAGUCCUGUGAAUAUAUCAAAUAUGAAAAACUGGACUCCUUUGCAUUAUGCCUCAUCAGAAGGUGCAGUCUCCAUGGUAAGAUUACUUCUAAAACAUGGAGGAAAUCCAAAAGCAAAAGACGGUGCGGGAAGCACACCAACAGACUUGGCAAAAUCGGAACAUGUGUUGGAAGUUUUUCUAGAACACGCAGUAAAUAAUCUAGAUGAAGAUGAAGUAUUUGGCGGUGAAGAUACAGACGCUAAUAGCAAAACACUAAAUCAAACAGGGCCUCCUAAACCAGCAAGAACUUUUGCUUUAUCUUCUUCUGCACUGAAAGGUAGCUUUGUGAAAAGAGAAAGAUCGCAUUCACAGGAAAUGACAUUGGAACCAAAGAGUUCUCAAUUGGAAAAAUCGAACACUUACAGUAAUUUUGGUCACUGGAAAAGAAAUCGAAAACUUAAAGAAACAAGCGAACAAUCAAAAGUAAUUGAACAAGCUGAAAAUGAACGCAAUGACACCGCACACUCAAAAUUCCGCAGAACAAAGUCAACUCCAACGCGAAAGAAGCGAGCAAAACAUCAACACAAGAUUACUCUAAAUGACAACACGCACAGACAAGUUGAAAGAUCAAUGACUCAGUAUGCUAUUGGUAGAAAAAUAUCUCGUCAGCAAGAAAACCUUGAGCAAGAAAAAUCUGUAAUAAAACCUAAAAUAGAAAAGAGUAAUCAAGACAAAAAAUCAGUGACAAAUUUCAGACGAACAAAAUCAACUCCUAUCAGAAAGAAGCAAGGAGAGAAUACUCAAAAUGACAACACGCAUAGAAAAGUUGACAGAUCAUUGACACAAUAUUCUAAAAGUAGAAAAAUACCGAAGAAAAAAGAACUUGAACAGGAAAAAGUUGUAAUAAGCUCUAUAAUGGAAAAGAGUAGUCAAGAUGACAAACCAGUGACUAAUUUUAGACGUACAAAGUCAACUCCCAUUAAAAAGAAGCAUCGCGAUCGAAGAACAAAACCUCAAAUCAAGCCCAUUAAAGAAACCGUUAUACGAGCAAAUUCAGUGCAAAUGAAAACACAUGAGCCGGUUGAAGUCAAACGCAUGUAUUCUGUAAGAUAUGCCAACAAUCAUUCAAAAAAUAUGAAAAAACUGCUAAGUGUAUCAGAAGAAGACUUGCCAAAAGUUCACAGGAGAUCAAAAAGCGUUCCAUCACUAUCAAAUGAAAAUAACAAACAAAAUUGUUCUUUCAAAAACGAAAAAACCACGGACCAAACAAAGACAGAGAAAAACAAACCUAUUCAAUCAGAAACAAACAUUGAAUCUUCUAGCGCAUCAGACACAAGUCAAAAUGAAGUAAAAAUCCAAAUACAUAAACAGAAUUAUUCCCACUCAUUGCAGGAUUUGACAAUCAUAACAGAGGAGACGCAGAACGGUGAUACCGUAAGAGAUGCCAAUUAUAAUUUCAAACCAAAACGAAAGGCAAACCGAACGAUGUCAGACAGAUUUUCAUAUCGAUUGAACAAUAUAAAAAAUAGUUUUGUAAAGCGAAAUCAGCAUAAAAAAUUUAUAAAACAAUAAGCAAUUGAUUUUUAUAUAUUUCCAUUUUUAUACAUAUGUUCAUAAUUUUUAUUUUUUAUGGCUUCUAAAAGACAAGUUGCAAUUUCAUUUUAUAAAUGUUGUAGAUGUACAGGAGUCUUUAAUCAACUUUCAGUUUCCAACAAACUAAGUUUCGAUUAUUUUUAGAGAAUCUCUCGAUUUUUAAUUCGACCUCGUAAAAUCUAAUUUUAGCUAUUAAAAAUCCUACAAUAAAAUUAUACAUUCAAAAAUUAGAAAAAAAUAAAUAAAUUCGCUUAAAUUCUGAAUUUGCAAGUAAUUCCCUAUUUUUUAUGGUUGAGUGUUGAAAUGACAAGACUAUAAAAUUUCAAAAUUAGUUUGAUCUGUUCAUAAUGAAACACCUUGUGUGUUCCCAUUUCAUCUAAAUUGCUUUGCCUGUUUACAACAACAUUUGUCUAUGAACUAUCCCUCAAAAUCAUAUCUAGCCUAGCGCUACUUUCCAACUUUAAAUAUUGUUUAUUACUUCGUAUAUUUUUUGCAAUUUUUUCAAGUGUCCUUUUUCUUCAUUUAAGACAGCAAUACUUGAUAAUACACUCACAUUCCAUAAAUGUCUUUUGUGUAAGCGAGGUGGAAAGACAGGUAGGUCAAAACACAGAUGUUGAGGAGGAUAUCAUUACAAGUUUAUGACCUUUAAGGGCACAGGACUUUAUAUAGGUAAUUUACGCAAUAAAGCAGAUUUGAG